AUGGGAACGCAAGUGACCUGCAAUGAGACGGACGAUGAUCGCGACUGGGCCUGGGUCUUGGAGCUCUUGGAAUUGCUGGGCCCCAAGCACGUGAUGGCACUGGCCGUGGGCAACGAGAUGGACCGUUUUUGUUUUUUCGGGGAACCGGAGUGCAGCUCCCCGCGGAGCUGCCUUGACUCGUCCCGGCGGCAGGAGCUGCUGCAGUUCAAGCCACCUGAUGUGGUGCCACGCGCGUGCGCUCAACAGAUCUGGUCCGGUGGCUAUUUCUACCGGAAGCUCACCGAACGCGUGAAGAGUCUCAACGAGCUCAAGGGAUUUCAGGAGACGGAUCGGCAAGCCGACCGAACGCGCGAAACGGGACGUUGGACAUCGGACGUCCCCGCAGGAAAACAUGUUUGGGAUGAUUUGUACUCCAAGUGCAAGGUGACAGUUGUGGUUCUUGGUAGGCUUCGCUACAACCUGGUUGACUGCCACCCGGGACAGGAUGUUCUGCUGACCAGCGUCUUUGGCGGCUACAUCAUUGCUGGAAACCCCUUCGUGGACACACCCAUGGCCAAGGUCUUGUCUUUCCUCCAGAACGUCACCGAUGACUAUGGUGACCGAUGGGUCUUCACGCUGAACGUGUAUCCCUACUUUGAUCCUGGGAAUCGCUUGGAUCCCAAUAGUACCUCCGGAUGCUCCAGCGCCUUGGAGACACUUGGCCUAGACGGAGACGCAGACGGUGAGGAGACUAUGGAGAUGGGGAGGAAAUCCUUAUGCUUUGAUGGCCCGGGCUGCCUCCUUCCAUCAAUCACCUCCACCAUGCGGAGAUCUAUGGAGAAGUUGACCGGAACGAAGUCUGGGGCAAAUGCUCAGAUGGCCAAGUGCAAGAACUUCUCCUCAGAGUUGGCCUUCCGCACGUACUAUCAGAACUUCCUGAAGUGGAACCUCAGCAUCGGCACGGAUGAAAGAGGCCCAGACCACGUCUUCUAUUUCACCCUGAGGGAUUCGGUGAACUUUGGUGUCGGUGAGCACUUUGGGCUCAUCGAAAGUUGCGACAGCGAAAGCUGCAAGUUGGAGGACGACCACGACUUCAGCGAGAUUCUCAGCCACUGGGACCAAGUCCUGCAGUCCUUGGAUCGCCUCAGCACCUACACCGCCGAGCGUGCCGGAGACGGCAAAGCGGCCUGCUGCCGAACGGAACGCCCUCUUCUGUUGGGGCAGACGCCUGAAGGGAGCGAGUGGCAAGCACUGCGGAAGCCAGGUGGAUAUCCCUGCCGUCCUGCAGGAGUUUCGCUGGAAGCAAGGGAGCUGCAGGUGUCUGCGAGCCUUCCGGAAGAACGUUCCCAAGGCACCUCGCGCGACCACGACGCCCCCGUGCCCCGCUCGGUCGGCUUCCCCGACGGGCCGCUUCCGCAACGCGCGCUCGGUGAGCGGCCGCGGGUGCUGGUGGAGCGACUCGCACGGGAGGAAGCAUGUGGUGUGCUGCAGCUGAUCGUGAAUGCUUGGAGAGAGGAGCGCUGGAAACAGGGGCUGCGGGCGAAGGCCGUCCUGAUGCAAAAUGCCUUGAAAUCCGAACGAGAGAAGCUUCGCAGGCGGGUGGCCCUCGCAGACCAGGUGCAGCUGAAGGAGGCCCUCCGGCUGUCCUUCCAUGCAUGGCACUUGGAGGGACGCCACAGCAAGGCACUCAAGGCGUUGCCGAGUCACGUGCCGGACAGAGGUGUGACUUCUACAGCACUUCCAAGUUCCGAGUCCCAGGUGGAUCAUGACGGCCUGGGGCGUUAG